CGUUGACUGCUCAUUCUCCUCCAUAGAUGCUGCCUGGCCCAUUAAGUUCCUCCAGAACUUUGUGUGUGUUUCUUAAGAUUUGCAGCAUCCGAAGAACCUCUUGUGUCUGGAGAGGUUUGGACUCAGAUCCUUCUGGAGGAGAGUGGAAGGUUGCCAACAGUGGGGAGAACGGGCUUUUGAGUUGACCCAACACUUUUGAACACCUCAAGCUUUCAAGUCAGCUGGGUCACUCAAGAUAAGCCCACCAUGGUGGUCGAAACGGAGGAAGUGGACAAGGUGGACCUGGAGUGCCACAUCUGUUGCCAUGAUUACAACUGGAGUGACAAGUGCCCCCGGGAGCUGGAGUGCCUCCACACCUUCUGCACCGAGUGCCUGGUCAGGUUAGAGGGUCACUGCCGGAUCUCCUGCCCACUCUGCAGGUACAGCACGGAGCUCGGGGCCCUCGGAGCCCUGGGCCUGCCCCGUCAGCAGCACGUCCUGUCCAAGAUGCCGGUGUCAGCAGAGCGUGGCGGGGGAGUGGCCUCGCUGAGCCAGCAGGUCAUCCUCACCCUGGACUCCGGCGAGACAGCUGUGGUGAGGCUGCCCACCAUCAGCCUGAGUGUGGAACAGGGGGAGGGCCAGAGGGCGGCGCCUCUCCAGGAGUCUGCCCUCUUCCGCCAGAGCCAGAAGCACCAGACCCUGGUGUGCCUGAAGAAGGCCUCUGCCCGCCUCAUUGCCCUCAUCGUCCUCGUCUGUGUGGCAGCCUUCAUAUUUGCCCCUCGGUUCUCCUAG